AUGAACCAGGCCGAGACGGACGGUCUCGUCACCGUUCCUUCCGUUGGUCAGUCUUUUUCGUCUUUCAAAAGUACAGUGGUAACUACUUGCGUUUAUAAUUUUCGGAAGUUGUUAGAUAACUAUCUUGUUGUCAAAAACACGGCCGACAGUAUAGCCCAUAUACUGUAUAGGAAGAGGAAGAAAUGUAUAUUUGAGCUUUGUUUUUUUUUUUGAGAAAUUUUUGAAGAAGAGCAUGUUUUGUGUUCAAUUUGUUGGUCUGAAAACUUUUAAAAAACUGAAAUUCUCACAAAUAGUAAAAAUAAUAAAAACUAGCCACCUUUUGUUUGAAGUAUUUUAAUGCUUGAUAUAUAUUUCAACGAUUCUUGAAAAGUGAACGUGCAGCCUAACUGUCCUGUUUAAAAAGAGAGCAGUCAUGAGUUACUCGAAUUCAAAAAACGGCCUUCUUAUAGAUGAAAUAAUCGUUUUUCUAUGCCACUUUGCUCCUCAAAAUGAAGUUUGGCGGUUUAUGACUGUGUUUCAGUCGAUGCGACGGAGCCUCCGAGAAGAUCUCUGGACGAUAUCGUCCGGCUGAGAUGGUACUGCGCCCUCGUCCUCCUCAUGGCCGAACUCGUCGCUUUCACCUGCCUCGCCAGUGUCACUUUGAUGGUUUUUGCAGGUUUUUCUGCUUCUUUAUAUUUUUAGUCCGUCAAGAAAAUUGUGAACCUUUUCCGAUAACAUCGGAAACAUUUCCUGUGCCGUUUCAGUGAUGCGAUAAGAGUUUGUCGUUAACGCGACGAAAUGACUGAGCGGUUCGAUGGGUAUAAUUUACGACCGGUUUUGGGAACCUGUGUCGGAAACUGAAAAAAAUCUGUUAGGUUUAGUGUUAUUUUUCCUGAAGUUUAUGCACGAAAUUGAAAAUCUGCAAUAGAUUCAUUUGAAACUUGUAGAAAGUUUUUUGGGUUCAUAAGAAUUUGGCGGCACAGUAUAUUUCAUGAAAGACUGUCGAAACUUUGAGUAUCUUAAUUUCUAGCCUGUGUCUUGCAGGCUUGUGCGCGCCAGGUCGGAGCUUUUACUUUGUUCUGGUUUCAGGAGCCUCGCCAACAGUUUCGGGCUGUGGAAACGAGGUCUUCACUAAAUCAACAAUUUGUGAAGAAUUAAGUGUUCGAAGAAACUUGACUGGCUGCGUCCCGAAACUCGAUUAUCAGUUCAAAUCGCUGCAAGUCGAGGUUUUUUUGAGGCUUUCUCAAUUCAAUUUUCUCAAAAUUGUUUUCAAUUAUUUCCGACAGUUCUUGUUGUAAAUGGCUACAAUCUCCAAAUUUUGUGAUGCCCCUAUGUUUAGUUCUAAAAAGAAGUCUUCAAUUUUCCCAGUUUAUUAUUUUAAGAAUACUCCACUGCGAAGAAAAUUGGUCGCUUGGAAAGAUAAGGAAAAUAAUUUUUAGGCGAAAAACGCUUUUAAUGGUUACUUUGCCGUUUUCAAUGACUUCUUAGUCAUUUUCAUUCCAGUUCGAUUACAUCUGCGACGAUGCAAAAAAGGUGAAGAACACGAUUUCGGUUCAAAUGUUCGGUGUUCUGCUGGGAGCCGCGUUUUUCGGCCAACUCAGUGAUCUCUUUGGACGCAGAAAAGUCGCAUAUUCAAGUUUCGAAAUAAAUACUUUGAUUUCAGGCCUUGUUUUUUUCCUCCGUAGGAAAUGCGGUCUUCAAUGUCGUGGCUUCACGGUCGCCAGAUCUUCUUUAUUUCACCAUUUGGCGCACUUUGGCUGGCUUUUUCACUGGCGGUUUGAUUGUGUUAGUUUUAUUGGAAGGUUUUAUUACUUUUUCGAACUUUCUUCUUCGAGUUCUGGAAGAAAACACAGGACAAAUGAAGAAUGGAAAUGAAAUAGAAAUCUGGACGAAAAAUAGAAGAAUAGGCUAUUCUUAUAUAUAUAUAUAGCUAUUCUGAAUAGCUCAAGGAAAUCAAAAAUAAAAUAAAAACGAGGAUCGAGAUUCAAGAAAAUAGCUACGAACUUGUGGAAUGUCGGUAUCAAUUGAUAUUAGAAGAUUUUUUUAUUAUAUUGUUUUUAAUUCUAACUUCCUAGUCAAAGCAACCUUUAACUUUCAAUGUUUUUUUUUGUGUUUUUUCAAGUUACCUGUGAAAGGUGGGACUUUCUAGUUAGCCGAUUUUGUUUCUAUGAGAAAAUAGGAAUUUUAAUUGAAUAAUGUCCUAGUCCACAGCGUUUUUUGCUCUUCUUUUCUUGAUGAAUUAGAAUUUUUCAGUGUGCAGCUGGUGUUCAUGGUAGAGAACGUGCCGCGACGCCAUCGAAUGUGGAUCCAAAACGCGAUCACCUGGUCGCCGAAUCAGAUCAUCUACCCGAUCGUCGCCUACUACGCCCACGACUGGCGGAAUCUUUCCAUCGCCGUCGGCGUCGCUUCCGUCCUGGCUGCCGCGGUUAUACUGUAAGAGUCAUUUUCGAUCUACGUCUGAACUUCCGAGCCACAAAGCUUCGAAAGCUUUAAAGCAAUAGUGAGCAAGAGGGCGCUCACCAUUACAGAAAAAAAAAGUCACAUUUUCUAAUGAACUUUCGAAGCAGUUUUUCAAUGAUCUAUAAUAAUGAAAAAAUUCAGACUUCUCGAGGAAUCGCCACGUUGGUCGAUUCAAAAAGGUCGUUUAGGUUCGGACCUUUUAAUAUUUACAUUUUAUGAGUUGAAUUUUUUCUAGAAGCAGCCCGACGAUCUUUACAAAGGAUCGCUAAGCUUGACGGCAUCGCUAAGGACGUCUUCGACGCCGAAAUCGACGAGAUUUUGCUCAAUGAGCAAGAGGUUUAGGAGUCCCUUAAGUACCCACUCUCGAUAGCUUUGUUUAGAAGCUCGACGAAAUGCAAGGGAAACGAAAGAACUACACAUUCGUGCAUCUUUUCUGCACAUGGACCAUGAUGGGUCGGACCUUGACUUUCAUCGUUGGAAUGUGAGGAACAAAAAGUCUUGGAAACUACGGACAUCUUCAGAAUCUGCACGACGAUGAUCGUUUAUGCGUUGACCUAUAACAUGGAGAAGCUGUCGGGAUCCUUGUACUGGAAUAUGGCGUUGAUUGGAGUGAGUCGAAGGGUUUUAAAUCGACUUCCGAGGAAGUUAUCAGUCUUAUAUAGCCUAAGCCGAGUGUUUCCACUUUCCAAAUUCUUUUCAAACAUGAAAUUGGUGUUUCAAAUCACAAAAAAAAAACUAAAACUGUAUGCGACAAGAUUUGAGGUCUCCCGUUGGAUCGUGAACAUUGCUGUGAGUCUUCUGGACUACCACGUAGAGUCUUUCGGUCGUCGUCUUUCGAAUCACGUCGCCAUGGUCUCCACAACGGCUCUUCUUUUUGCCAUUACUGCCGCUGUUUAUAACGGUUUUCAUUCAUUCAUUUGACAAUUAACGAGAAAAGUUAUGUGGAGACAACAUCGUAACAAUAGUUAAAACUUUGCGAAACUAUCUUUUUAUGGCAGUUAUAUCUGAAGUUUUGAAAAACUUCAUGAUCAACUAACGAGGAAUUGUUUGAGGUGAACACUGCAGUUCAGGUCCAAACUUCUGGGGUUACUAAUCGUGGGAAAAUGAACGGGAAAAGCUCAAAAGUUUAUUCUCUUUAGGUUUUCGAAUUGAAAGUUUUUUCUCGUGUUUCUUAUGAUGUAGUGAUCAUAUCAACUGUUUUGAAAAUCAAGAACUCGAAGAAAUCAAUUUUCGAGCUUUUCCCGUACAUUUUACUAUUAGAAUCGGUGCGAGGUUCUGAGCUUAAUGGAUUUUCCGUGUCAUAGGAGCUGAGUGCCGUUUAAGGAGAGCGUAAAAUAUUUACGCUAUGAAAAAAUGAGUUUCUGAAAUUUUUGCACAUAACUUUUUCGAGGAAAGUCCAAUAUAAAUUGCAGGAAUCGGCGGAUAUAUAAUCAGUGUGGGCGCAGUUUUGACGCUGGCCAUGUGCUCACAGGUCGGAGAAACUUUUAACCUUAAGGGACCGCCUGAUUCAGUUGUUCAUCGUCAAGUACAUGAUGGUCAACGAGCUGUACCCAACGGCCGUCCGAAAUCUCGCCGUUUCGGCUGUUUCCACAGCGAGUCGCGUCGGCAGCAUGUUCGCUCCACAGCUUUUCUACUUGGUGGGUGAUCCUGCUCGGACCUAGGUAACGCGGAUCGGACGUGUCGCAAUAUUUUUAGGAACCACUUUAGUAGCGUCAGCACUCUUAAGUGAUCUCUAGAUUUGCUCAGAAUUGCCCGGAGCGCGUCAGGUUUUCUUUGCCAAAGUCCAAGGAAGCUUCAAAAGGGCAAAUUAGUAGAAAUAUCUACUGAAAAGCUUUUUUAGUCAGUUCAGCCGUUUUUUUGCGUGAGGAUAUUUUUAAACUUUGUUGCGAAUUUUUUUCUGUUAUCUCAGGGGGGAAGGAGACACAGACCAUAUUAACGUCGAUCUCAAGAAAUUAACUUUUAAAAAAAGUAUUUAAAAAGAUUUACAUCAUCGUACAAAAAAAAGUAGACAAAUUUGUUCUUGUCUAUAUUUUGAUGGAGUAACAAAAGAAUAAUACUUGGAUUUUUUUCAGGCCGACGUUGCUCCGUGGGCUCCGUACGCCGUGUUGUCUGUCCUGGCGGCCGUCGAUCUGGUCAGCUUCACGGUCUGUAUUCCCGAGUCCAAGGGAAAGCAUUUGGAGAACCAUCUUCCUCCGAAACAUGAGCGCAUUUUUGGCAAUAAAAGUUGAUUAUCUCCUUCGUUCUUCCAUUGCGUUGAGUCUUGAAGCGACUUGAAGGAAGUAAGAAUAUUUUUUGUUUUGAAACGCACAUGGGCUUUAUUAGGUCAUUGAUAAUGUAUCAAAAAGUUAACAUAGUUCUAGUGAACAUCAGGAAAAAGAAUUAAAAGAAUUUUCAUGGAAAGUACUUUUGCAAAUUUUCACAAAAAGGAGAAAAAAAUACUCUCAAUAAUGUUCAUAUACGAUAAUUUGUUCGGAAAGACUUGCUGCAAUUUGGAUCUGCUUACUUGAUACCUCUAGAUUCUAUUUCAAUUCAUUAAUUCUGUGCUAAAUGUCUAUUUUCCGUUUUAUUCCCCUGACAGAUUUUCAAGAAACGACGGAAAAUCGUUUGGAAGUAAACAAACAGCCGGGAAGAAAUGGCUGUAAAUAUCAGGCGGAAAUCACGUGAGUGGUCACUUUUUGCAACGCGGUUGGUCCGAACCUUGCCCUUUCGUCGAUAAUUCUUUUCGGACUUUUUGGUUUGUGAUAUGUGUAAAAGGUCGAUAAGGUGUUCCGCAAAAAAAAAGGAAUUUUGAAAGAGUAUCUUUUCAUCCUGAACAGAUCUGACAAAUGCAAAGUAUUUUUCAAUACGUGGAAUGGCUUCUGAACCACAAUUUCAAGUUAUUGCUGAUAUUCUCUCACGGUCAAAUUACAUUUUUUAAGGCACCUUCAAAGGGCUUUCGCGCCAUAUCGGACGCUGUAUUACAUUUUUAUCUCAUCGCUUAUUCUUCAUCUUACUAGGGAACACUAAAAAGUCAUUGCAAAAAUGAAAGAAUGAUAUGAAUUUAUCAGAGAUCUGGAAGAGGAAAGGGGAUCAGAACCUAUUCGACCGGUGCAAUGAUUUCGUGAGUUUUGUAUAUUUAGAGAAUGAAAAAAAUUGGUUUCCGCCUGAAAAAUUUCACAGAAGAGAUCCCUCACACUGUCCAUUUUUUCCCAUUUAAAAAUAGCAAAAGAUAAAAAAAAAAUAAAGAUGAAAGUUGUUUCGGAGCCUUUUGGAAGUUUUUAAAAUUACCGAAAAAUCGUUCAAUUCAAUGUGCCGCUCAAUAAAUUGUAUUCAUAAAGCUCUAGAAGUACUUUUUAACAACCAUGUCUAACUAUGUCCGAGUUACCGUUCUCUGGCUUGGCUAGCACCACUUCAAAGCAAGAAAGGAAAGAUAAGUCGCACCCUCAAGUGUCCACUGGCACAUCAAAGGAGGAUAACGUGCCUUUGGCAUGACGCCAGACCACUCGUUUUGGCCAUCCAAGGUGUUUUGACGCCGGCGCCGACGUCUUCGUCUCCGUCUAGCGAGGUGGUGUCGUCGACAGGGUGGCGAGAGUCAGAGAGAGCGGCCAGACGACGAGAGUGAAGAGGCGUGUCCUUUUCGCCCACCUCAAAAAAGCUGUUCCAACUUAUCACGGCUCAUUCUUCUCUAAUUCGAGGUCCUCGUUCAGUUCUUUGAUUGGGAUGAACUCGCUGAUCAACGCGUUCGGAUACUUUGGCCCCGGCAACGUCAAGGAAGCCGUCGCCACGGAGCCGCGCAACAAGAACGACGUCCUUUCUAGCAGAAAGAACACUAUCGGGUUAGUUUUUGAUGAAAAGUUUUUUUUUGAUAGCUGUCGGGAAAAGUAUUAGCUAAUCGAUUUUUUCAAUGUAUAAUUUCAUUAGCUGAAAAUACACCCCUCGGGAAAAGCGAAGGGCACAAAACGAACAACCAGACCAUAUACGGUGUUGUUUCCUUGUGAAAUGAGAGAGCUGUUUUCCAGUUGCAUAAAACUCUCACAAGGUUCUUAUCUCUCGAAUCAUUCCAGAUCUACUUGUCAGCUUUUCUACUCGGAUGAUCCGUUCAUGGUUUCGCGCGGAUCGAUGCAGUACUUGUACGACGAGCAGGGCAACAAGUUCAUCGACUGCAUCAGCAAUGUUCAACACGGUGAGACUGCAUUUGAGUGGUCUCUUGGAGGGGCUCUUCCAGUGACUAGAGUUGUUGGGAAGCUGCGCAUUUAUCGUGAUCAUUUCAGCAAAAAAAGAUCUAAAUAUUUUCGAUUGUCUCGGGAUUUCUCUGACUCUUUCAACUUUUUAAAAAAUGUUUUGUCAUUUUAAAAAUGGAAAAUAUCUUCGUUUUUUUUUAUGAGUUCCGAUAAUUGCGUUCCAAAAGGCCUGAGGCUGAAAGAAUGAACUUGGAAUACAUUUCCAGUACUUUCUUUUUUUCAAAUACAACUUCGGUAGACGGGAAAAUAUCUUCUCGACUUACAGUCGGCCACUGCCACCCGGCAGUGGUGAAGGCGAUCAGUCAUCAGCUGGCGACAUCGACCUGCAACGUCAGAUUCGUCUCUCCUCUGCUGACUGACUGUGCCGAACAGCUUCUCGCCACUCUUCCCCAUCUCGACACGGUUCUUUUCUGCAAUUCCGGGUCAGUAACCAUCUAAUUAAUCCGUUUCUGAAAGUCAAUUCAGACUCUGAAAUGGUAUUAAAACAGUACUUUUUCAUCAGACGUACUUAGAAAAAUCAAAGUGAUCCAGUUUGAACUUAUUUUAGAACUCUAGUGAUCACUAUAGAAGUUUUCUAUGCUAAAUUUAUUUCGAAUGACAAAUAUUUGUUCAUGAUAAGGAGUCGAAUGAUCGAGUUCAACAUGUUUGCAAUGUGAUUGAUGAGAUUUCGUAUUAUUUUGCAGGCCUUUUUUUCGGAAUCAUGAAACAUGAAUUGGAGUUCUAGACUUAAAAUUCAAAGAGACUCACCGGGGUCACCACAGUUUUGAAUUCUCAAUAAGACUUUUUUGGUUUGACAUUUUACUUAGCUCAUCGUUCAGAAGUUCUCUUCAGGUUCUUCUUUUAGCCAAAAUGAAAUUGUUUCAUUUGAACCUUCUGAUAAACAGUUUCAUUGACAUCGUCAAGAGUCUCAAAAAUGGAGAGAAAAAUAAUCAGAAGCGUGUGAACGUGAUGCAAUCAGAUGAUAUUGUGGUUCGACCACUCUCGCUACCAAUCGUAUCCAAGACUCAUUUAUUAUUUUCUUCUCUCUUAUGGCGCACCAUUUAAUGAUAACGACUUUUAUCAAGAAACUUCUAAUCAGCUCAAAAAUUUGAGAGAGAUUAGAAAACGCCUAAAAAUUCUCAACUUUUCUGAUUCUUGCGAUUUGGAGAAUCACAUAACUAAGCCCAGAAGUCGUAUUUAUACAUUUUGAGGGAGGAUGUAGAGUCAUACAAAAAUUUCAAUAUUGCACAAGUAAUAAGGGUUGAAGAAGAUAUGGCGUAUGCCUAAAGCGAGACUAGUCCAAAUUGAGAAUCUUUGUCUCGAAAUCAAAUUUUGAGUAUUCCAGAUCGGAAGCUAAUGACUUGGCUCUUCGACUUGCCCGCGACUACACCGGCCACACGGAUGCCAUCGUCAUCGAACAGUGAGUCUUUGAUUUCCACGAGGAAAAACGAAACUAUCGGUUGCAUUCAAACCAGGAACCGUUCCCGCCAUAAUAAUUCUUUCAACCACUUGACCAAGCUUCUUUCAGUGCGUACCACGGCCAUGUGACGACUACGAUGGAGAUGUCGCCGUACAAGUUCGACCACGGCUCUUCUUUGAAACAGCCAGAAUGGGUGCACGUCGUAAGAAUUCUUCUGAUAUUGUUUCGGUAUUCAUCUGAUCUUAUCCAGGCUCCUUGUCCAGACGUCUACCGUGGUAAAUAUCGCCUCACUGACGCCGAAAUCAAAGACGAGGGGAAAUUGUUGGAAGCCGGCGAGAAAUAUUCGAAGGAUGUGGAGAACAUUAUCAAAAAGGUGAGCUCGAAAAGAAAAAAGGCUUCGAAAGAAAAAAAAAUUGGUAGUUAGCCUUAUAUGAACUCUCCAUCUUUUUUUUUGAUCUGAAGUUUCUUUUCGGAAUAAAUUUAACAAAUAAAAGUUAAAAAUCUAUUGUGAAAAGAGUCAUAAUUGAGUAGCCCUGGAAAAAUAACUCUUUCGAGGAAUUCCAAUUCAGGCCGAGAAUAAUGGCAGAACCGUCGCCGCCUAUUUCGCUGAAGCUUUGCAGUCGUGCGGAGGACAAGUCAUUCCACCAGCCAAAUAUUUCCAGGACGUCGCCAAGUAAGUCUAAUCCCGCUAAUUAUCUUCAAUAAUUAUCUUUAUUUAGGUAUGUCCGUCAACAUGGCGGCGUGAUCGUCAUCGACGAAGUUCAGACAGGAUUCGGCCGAAUUGGCAGCAAAUAUUGGGCUCAUCAACUUCAUGACGAUGGUGAGGUUUGAACCGAUGAGAAUCCAGAUUAAGCGGUUGUUGAUUACAAAGAAAAUAUAUAACCGAACAUAUUUGCUCUAUCUCAACUUCCUACUACAGGUUUUGUUCCUGACAUCGUGACGAUGGGCAAACCGAUGGGCAAUGGAUUCCCGGUUUCGGCGGUCGUGACGAAGAGAAAAAUCGCUGAUGCGCUCGGCGGCAAAGUCGGAUACUUUAAUACCGUAAGAAACGACCUACUGUGCUUUUACAAAGAAACUGUACAGUAUGGUGGAAAUCCGGUCGCUUGCGCGGCGGUCAUGUCCGUCAUGAAGGUGAUCAAGGACGAGAACCUUCUGGAUCACAGCGAAGCGAUGGGUCAGAAACUCGGCGUCGCCUUGAAAAAGCUCCAAGAAACUCAUCCGUCUAUUGGUGACAUCAGGUGAGACAUCUUCGCUUUUUUAUUCACAAACUCACGUCGUCAUCGAAAAAUUUUUGAAAAAAGAAUCGAUAUUUUUUUCGGUUAAUCUUGAUACUCAGCACUUGCACAACUUUUUCUUUUUUUAUAAAUGACUAAGACAUGAGGAUAAAUUCAAAAGUUUUUAUUUUGACGAUUGAAUUUUUAAGUUUUUUGGACCUUGCUCUGAAAAAAAGACGUCAGCCAGAGGCGUAUGUGUUUGAUGGCCCUUUAUUUUUUUUUUAUUUCAUUUUAUCAAGUUGGGAAACAAACGACUUUCAGAGGCGUCGGUCUUUUCUGGGGAAUCGACUUGGUGAAAGAUCGAGAGACCCGCGAACCAGACCAGAAGCUCGCCUUGGCCGUCAUUCUUGAGCUGAGGAGAAAUUAUGGCGUCCUUCUGAAUGCCGACGGACCACAUACCAAUAUCCUCAAGAUAAAGCCGCCGUUGUGUUUCGACCAAAACAAUAUUGACGAAGUGAGUUUUUCUAGCAUUCUAACAAAUUCAUAUUCUCUUCUAGGUUGUCAAUGCGUUGGACCAGGUCUUGACCAUCAUGCGACGGUGA